CGUACAUUCAGGCUGACGAUCUAAGACGAAAAUGAGUCUCAGAGUACACAGGAAAUGCUGGGUACCCAGUAGACGAUUCGUCUUUUGGGAGGUAAUAUCUGACGAACAUGGGAUAGAUUCCACCGGCACUUACAACGGCGACUCCGAUUUACAGCUGGAACGCAUAAAUGUCUACUACAAUGAAGCAGCAGGAGGAAAGUACGUGCCACGUGCCAUUCUUGUGGACUUGGAACCUGGAACGAUGGACUCAGUACGAUCUGGCCCCUUCGGUCAGCUCUUCCGUCCGGACAACUUCGUGUUCGGACAGAGCGGCGCGGGCAACAACUGGGCGAAGGGUCACUACACAGAAGGCGCCGAGUUGCUCGAGUCCGUGCUGGACGUGGUCAGGAAGGAGGCGGAGAACUGCGACUGCCUCCAGGGCUUCCAGCUGACCCACUCUCUGGGCGGCGGCACCGGCUCCGGCAUGGGGACGCUGCUCAUUGCCAAGAUCAGGGAGGAGUACCCCGACCGCAUUAUGAACACCUUCAGCGUCGUGCCAUCGCCUAAGGUGUCUGACACGGUUGUGGAACCUUACAAUGCUACUCUCUCAGUUCACCAGCUGGUCGAGAAUUCAGACGAGACAUACUGUAUAGAUAAUGAAGCCCUCUACGACAUCUGUUUCCGUACAUUAAAACUGACAACGCCAACAUAUGGAGAUUUAAACCAUUUAGUAUCUGCUGCAAUGUCUGGUGUUACUACAUGCUUGAGGUUUCCAGGACAAUUAAAUGCUGACCUUCGCAAACUAGCUGUUAACAUGGUGCCAUUUCCUCGCUUACAUUUCUUCAUUCCUGGCUUUGCUCCAUUGACAUCACGUGGGUCUCAACAAUACCGAUCUCUUACUGUACCAGAACUCACGCAGCAGAUGUUUGAUGCAAAGAAUAUGAUGACUGCUUGUGAUCCUCGACAUGGACGAUAUCUUACAGUGGCAGCCAUCUUCAGAGGGCGCAUGUCCAUGAAAGAGGUGGAUGAGCAAAUGUUGAACAUUCAGAAUAAGAAUAGCAGCUAUUUUGCCGAGUGGAUCCCUAACAAUGUUAAAACUGCAGUUUGUGAUAUACCACCUCGGGGACUAAAAAUGUCUGCAACAUUUAUUGGAAAUUCUACUGCCAUUCAGGAACUUUUCAAACGUGUGGGAGAGCAGUUUUCAACUAUGUUCAAACGGAAGGCUUUCCUCCACUGGUACACAGGUGAAGGAAUGGAUGAGAUGGAGUUUUCAGAGGCUGAAUCAAAUAUGAAUGACCUCAUCAGCGAGUAUCAGCAGUACCAAGAGGCAACAGUAGAGGAGGAUGCAGAAUUUGAUGAAGAUGAUGAGGCAGAAGCAGAUGCAGGAUUGGUUGAAGAUGAGUGAUUUCCAUUGUCGCAUGGCCUAUGUACUUU